UAAGAACUGUUAAGAAUCUUUGAAAUAUUGGAUACAAAACUGGGUGUGAAUUUGCCAUUUGAUUCAAGUUGGUUCUGGCACGUUCUUGUGACAAAUUUCGGUUGUGUUUGGUUCGGUUUGUCGGUUAAUGUCUGUUGCUAAUUACCAGCUGCAUUAAUCUGAUAAAUGAAAAGAAUAUCUUUUGGGUUAUUAUCCCAAAAAAUUAUUCAACAAUGGAGAUCGAUCAAGAGGAAUCACUCUGCACUCCACGACGAGUUCAGAAAUGCCUUUUCGCAUCUUUCGAGAAUAGUUUGCAGAAGAGAAACGUACUUCAAGAUGUGAACUAUGUCAAAGAAGGUGAAGCAUUAGAAGAAGAGUCAGACUUAGGGCCCAUGUCACCCUUAGCUUUUACUGAUCGCAGUCCAAGCACCAGCGACAGCUCAUCAAGAAGAGAAUAUGUAUCUCCACUUACAACGCCUGAAAAAUCUUCAUGUAACAAACCGAUCCCCUGGGAUCGUUUAACAUCCAGAUGCAACUCAGAGGUUUACAUGUCACCUUUCAGCUCGCUCAAGAAGGUCGCUAGAUCUGCUAGAUACUCACCAAGAUGUAAAAUAUUUAAUGAAAAUUCUUCAAAAUUAUUGCCGUCCACUCCGGAGAAACUGGCAGCACCAUUAACGCCACAACGCUCAAAAAUAAUAGACGCUAUGAUGGACAAUGUGGUCCCGGAAACACCCCAAGGGGACUGCGCUGCAAAGAUGCAGGAUGAAAGCAUCACGGAGACACCGCGGAAAUCGAGAAGUCCUAAAUGCAAAUUGCUGACACCCCUAAGUUCUAUGAGUAAGACAGCCCCGUUGCCGAAGUUGCACAAACGAAAAUCUCUGGGUACGCUUGAGACAGGUGAGAACAUCUCUCCCGAGCAAAAAGAGAAUACAUUGAAGAGAAAAUCACAUGAGCAAUUAGCAAUAAAACCAGCAAAAUUGUUCAAGUCGGACGACAUCUCCGCGCCCAAAGCAAGAGCGGCGUUGUUUCAAGAGGAGACAAAUGAAUGUGACAAAUUGGAAAAUUUCUCACUAAGUACAAAAACGUUUUACAGCAAUCACGUGAAAACCGAGCGACCAUUCGUCUUCGGAAGUCUUAAGAAUAGCAGCGAUGUGGUAAACCGGAGGCGAAGUUUACCCGUGCAAGGCAGCAGCUACAGACGCUCGUUGAAGAAAGAGAGAUUCGGUAGAAUAAACGCCGGCGUGUUCCACGGAAUAAAAAAGCCGAAACCCAAAGUAAAUUUAACGGUACUGAAGAAAGAAGAGACCGAGAAAAAUAAUCCCACGAUUUCGGAGAAGAGUUUGUCUCCGUCCGUGAAAAUUCAGUUCGAGGUGAACGCGACCGUGGAGAAAGCCGCCUCAUCCGAGAUCGACGAGAGCAAGCGAUUCUUCAAAACGAAUAAAACGGUCAGAUUAAGUCACGCCGCCACAGUGGCAGUAAAUAACAAGAGUCGAUUGAAAGUCACGGACGGUAAAAUUGCAUCAAACCAGAAACAGAUUCCUUCCGCGACAAACACUAAGCGGCAAUCGACAGUUUCGAAUAUUUCUCUCGAUGCUACCGAUUUAACUGUGGAUGAGCCGGAAGCUAUGUUGCAGCAAGAUAAGGUCGCCGAUCUGCUGAAAAUAUUAGAAGAUGACUGGGAAGACGAUUAUGAUACGAUGGAACCGUUAACCAACAGUAUCGAUACCGUUUCUCCGUCGAAGUCGGUAUCGACAUUAUUGGACGAUCCAAUUACAUCUCCAACUAGUGAACUCAGUAAUAUGACCUCGACAAUGAACAUCGAAGACACCGUUUCAGUUGAUAAUAAGGACGGUAAUCGCAAUGCAGAAACUAGCAAAGAGGAACCCGAGAAAAGAUAUUUCCCAUUAUUCACUAAAGGAUAUUCUAUACCUGAUACUAUUUUCGAAGAGCCAGACAAAUCUACUAAAAUGACAAAAAGAAACAUACAGUGGCAGUUAUCUGAAAAAGCUGGUGGUGCAGGUGAUCAAUAUCAGUUAGAUGCUGGGCAAAAACAAUUCGGUGCUACUCAAUGUCCGGAAUGCAACAUUGUGUAUCAGUUAGGAGAUGCUGAGGAUGAAAAUGCUCAUUUAAAUUAUCAUAACAGCAUACGGAUCUUAAAAUUCCACGGAUGGAAAAAUGAGCGUGUCAUAAUAGAGGAUCCCUUCACAUCGAGCAGAAUUAUUUUGGUCGAACCGCACGAUUCUAAGCACUAUUGGAAGAAAGUAUUGGAUAUUUUGAGUGUCGUAGAUAGGGAUCUAGGAUUGUCGGAUAUAGAGAUAUCAAACUAUCGGAGCAAAAGGGUGCUCUUGUACAUACGCGAAAAGAACGUUCUGGGGGUGCUGGUAGCGGAGUCCAUCAAAAUGGCACAUCGUAUGAUUCCCGAACUGAUUGACCUGGACUGCUGCACCGCCGAGAGCACACCUACGAAGUGCGGCAUAAACGUUGUGUGGACCGCAAUGAGCCACCGUAGACAGGGUAUAGCUACGAAGCUCGUCGAUACAUUGAGGGCCAAAUAUUUUUACGGUUACGUGAUGUCGUUGGAUGACAUAGCGUUUUCAAUACCGACUCCGAGCGGCAAGAUCUUCGCUGAGAAAUACACCAAAACGCGAAAUUUUAAGGUCUACAAUUAAGUUCAUCUUUGCUCGAACUUUCAACGUUAUGUUUUCUAAAUGCUGGUAUUUUUCAGCUGGUAGUUUUAGCCAGUAACCUAUUAUAUCAUAUAUGUUUAUUCUAUUGCAUUCUUUUGCUGUAAUAGUUAUGUAUUUUUGUGAAAUUUGCUACAUAGAGUAAGAUUUAAAUGACUUAAUUUAUUUCUAUAUAUUGAUUACUCUUGGUACUGAUUAUUAUCUUUUUUUUUAAUUGUUUGUCUACAUGAUAUUGCAUCAUAAACUUAUUAAAAAUAUACAAUUUGUAAGGUUUUACUGAUUUUAUUUAGACAAUUUGAAAGUUAGUAGUAAAAAUCGGUAUAUUUUAAAGUAAAUGCAUUUGAUGACUGUAUUCUUAAUUUAUUAAAUUCCUGGUAUUUUAAUUAUUGGUAUUUCUUUCACAUGAUUUUUAAAUAAUAUAUUUAACAAGGAAAUAUUGUAAAUGUGAAAGAAUAUUAAAACUUCUUCAUGUAUUAGGUGACAAAAAUAAACCAAUUAAUGUGAUUAAAUAAAAAAA